AUGUCACCUUUACAACACUGCUUGUUGUACGAAGAAGACUAUAUCCAAGGCAAGUCAGCUCUCAUCUCGAUGGCAAAUCAGGCUCGCUUCCUGGCUCGUGUCGAAGUCAUUCUGGAAGAUCUCUUCAUCCUUGCAAAGCAAGGAUCCGAUGAGAUUGAGACAUUACAGGUACACCUGCUAGAAGCUGCUGGCGUCAAAGGACUCUUGGAGUUCGUGGCACAAAUUGUGCCUAAGAAGAUAAUGAAUCUUCUUGGGUCUGAAGAUCCUAUCAAUGUGUAUGAUCUGAUCGCAUUAGAGUCUGAUGACUCCUGCAAGGUCGAUCAAUCAUGCGGAGUAUAUCUCGUCGCCGGACGGAAUCCAGCGCAAGGGAAGCCAGUCGUCUACAAUGGAAUGUGCAACUCGCUUGAUGGUGGUUUAAUUCGUCGUUCAAAGUGUGGUCGACACACCUGCACCAGCUGCUGCCACCAGCUCUAUAACCACUCUAAAAUUCUUUGCGGAACAGUUUUGACCCAGAAGUGCUCUAACGGCCACAAUCAAUCAUGGCAGUGUCACACCGGUGCCCCCCCAGUAUGUUCCAAAUGUGAACGAGAUAGAAAGGAAGCGUUGAACAGAGCUCAGAGAACCCACCAAGAAAGGCUGAAACGGGAGGAGAAGCUCCAAAGGCAUUUGAAAGAAGUCGCGAAGCUAGAUGAGGAAAUGGAGCAGAUUAAUCAGAGCAUGAAGGAUGCACGCCUGGAUUCCGAGCAAAUGGCUAUCCUUGCACAAAAGCGAAUGGAUCUUGCAGCACCCAAGCAGCGCGCGAACAGGACGCAGGACCCCCGCCAGGAAGAGCCACUAGGCGUCUAUAACGACGACCAUCCAAACCCGGGAGACCUGCGUCUCAGGAAAGCCGCGCAACCGUCACCAGGACCGGCGAUAUCCAAUCAGGGUCAGCAUUCAAAGCUUCGAGAACAUAUCGAGACCGCGGUGGGGCAUAAUAAAUCCCCCUCUCAGAGGGAGUGGCAGCGCCAGAAAGACCAGGAGAAUGCCCAUAAUCCGGCGACCGAUAAGAUUAUGGAGAUGAUAGGUCUAGAACAUGUCAAAGCACAGGUUUUGAAAAUCAAGGCCAAGGUCGAAACGACAAUCCGGCUGGGCACUGACCUGAGCAAGGAACGUCUCGGACUCGUACUGCUGGGCAAAACAACUUUUGCUAGGUACUACGCGAGAGUUUUGACCACCAUGAAAGUCCUUGUCGGGGCUGGAUUCAUCGAGACCACAGGUUCACAUCUUGCCCACGGGGUUGUUACUGAAGUCAAAAAUCACCUGGUGCAACUUGAGAAACUAGAAGGUGGCGUAUAUUUUAUCGACGAAGCAUAUCAACUCGCUGAGGGACACAACCACGGCGGCAAAACUGUCCUUGAUUACUUGCUUGCCAACAUUGAAAACCUCACUGGAAAGAUAGUUUUCAUAUUCGCUGGUUAUCGGAAAGAGAUAGAGAAAUUCUUCGAGCACAACCCGGGACUUGAAAGUCGCAUCCCCUACCCUCUCCGUUUCGAGGAUUAUACCGACCACGAGUUCUUGACGAUGUUACAGUUCCAGAUGAAGCAAUACUACAAGUCUGGAAUAGACAUUGAGGAUGGUAUCAAUGGGCUGUACGUGCGAAUAGCUACCGGCAGAUUAGGAAGAGGUAGAAGUCGUGACGGUUUUGGGAAUGCCCGAGCAUUGGAGAAUAUGUUCGCCAGAAUUAGAGAGAGGCAAUCAGAUCGUCUAACCAGACAGCGGAGGGAGGGGCUCACCCCGGACGACUACCAUAUUACAAAGGAGGAUCUUAUUGGGCCGGAUCCAUUGCAGGCCAUCCUUACCUCCGAUGCGUGGACACAGCUCCAACAGCUUACCGGCCUGAAGUCUGUGAAAGAUUCUGUUAGCUUCAUGAUCGAUCUGAUUAAGACAAAUUAUGAGAGAGAGUUGAAUGAAAAGGAGUUGGUCGAGCUGUAUGCCAAGAUUUUGGCGGAUAUUAGGAUGCUGAGCAAUGGUGAAGUCGUCGUCAAGAACCCAUCCGAUUUCAUUGGUAAUGUGAUUGGGCAAUCUGAAUCCAAUACUAAAGCCAUCCUCGCGACUACUGUCGGUAAGGUUCUGAUUAUCGAUGAGGCCUAUAUGCUCUACCCAGGUUCCAGCUCAGGAGGGGAAAGCAGCACUGAUAUAUUCAAGAUCGCCGUCAUCGACACGAUUGUUGCUGAGGUCCAAAGUGUGCCUGGCGAAGACCGCUGCCUGAUCCUAAUCGAUUACGAACCCCAAAUGGUGGACAUGUUCCAAAAUGUCAAUCCCGGACUCACUCGCCGAUUUCAGCUCUCGGAUGAUUUCCGCUUCGAGGAUUCCAGCGACUCCGAAUUGCUGGAGAUUCUCCAACUCAAGCUUAAACGACAGGGCCUAGGAGCAACUCAGCAAGCCUUAUCCACCGCCAUCGACGUAUUAAGCCGUCUCCGAAAUGGAUUGAAUUUGGCAAUGGUGGUGGGUGGGGCGUAG